UGUUAUUUUUGAUUUUUACCUCAGAUUUUCUUUGUUUUCGAUUUUGGGUUUAUUGAGCUGGUCUCCAGAUUUCUCCAUGUUGAUUCGAAAAAUAAGCACUAGUAAAUUUUCAAAAAUGAUUUUGCAGUUCAACAACCUCUUCUUGUACCGAUGUGUUAGUGACAAGAAUUCCACCAUUUCUCACACCCCCCCUCCAUUUCGAUUCUUCCAUUGUUUGGGAUCUCCGAUCAAAAAUCCCAAUCUUUUCAUGCCUAAAUCCUCAGCUCAGCUGUCAAUUACCAACUCCGUCGACGGAACUCCGCGCGUUGCCAAAACUGAUGCGCAAGCUGCCCUUUUCGAUUAUCUGCAUUGCACCAGAGGAUUGAGCUUCCUCGAUUCCGAGCACAUAAGCAAGAACUCACCUUGCUUUCUUGGUUACCUUAUUUCAAAGGUUGAAAAAGACCAAGAUAUAUCUAGAGCAUUGACAAAGUUCUUCAGGUACCAUCCCAUCAAUGAGUUUGAGCCAUUUUUCGAAAGUUUGGGAUUGAAACCACCCGAAUUUGCAUCCCUUCUUCCACGAGGGCUGAUAUUUUUGCAUGAUGAUCAAGUCUUACUCGAUAACUAUCAUACGCUUAGUGACUACGGUGUACCUCGGAGUAAGAUAGGAAGAAUGUACAAGGAAGUGAAUGAAAUCUUCAAGUAUGGAGUUGGGGUUUUGGAUAUGAAAUUGAGGGCGUACGAACGAUUAGGUUUGGGUAGAUCGACCGUGAUAAAGCUUGUAACUUGCAGUCCUCUGCUUUUGGAGGGCGAAAUAAACAACGCCUUUGUAGGGAUUCUUGAAAAAUUAAAAGCACUGGGGUUUAGUAGCCACUGGAUUGGAGGGUAUAUAUCUAGCAAAAACACGUACAAUUGGAAUAGAAUACUAGAUACAUUGUGUUUUCUUGAGGAAGUAGGUUAUAGUGAUGAAGAGAUGGGGGCAUUGUUGAGGAACGAUACCGCAUUAUUGUUUGAAGGAUCUGGGAAACAAGUGUACGUAGUGGUUGGUGCUUUGCUUAAGUUGGGCCUUAAAAUGCACGAGGUUUAUGGUUUGGUAUUGAAGAACCCACAGAUUCUAUCACCUAAGUCCGCAAAGAACUUUUGGAAAGCAUUGCAUUUUCUAUUUGAGAUAGGUAUGGAAACCGAAUAUAUAGCCCAGAUUCUGUGUAGCCACAUUGAAAUUUUGGGCUCACACUCUCUGAAAGGACCGAAGACUGUGUUGAGGAAAUUCAGUGGCGAUAAGCAUAGUUUGUGCGAGACUAUAAAAAAGGAUCCGUCAGCGUUUUUCAACUUGGCUUUUAAGUUGAAGAGUUGUAACGCCGAGUAUGUGGCUGCAAGGAAUCCAAACAAUUUUGUGGAAAAGAUUGAUUUUUUAAUGAGAAUUGGUUAUGUAGAGAAUUCAGAAGAUAUGGUGAAAGCACUGAAACGGUUCCGAGGGAGAGGAGAUCAAUUGCAGGAGAGGUUUGAUUGUUUGGUGGGGGCUGGUUUGGAUUUCAAUCAAGUAUCGAGUAUGGUGAAACAGGCUCCGACAGUUUUAAAUCAGACGAAAGAUAUUCUUGAGAGGAAAAUCGAGUGCUUGAGAAAUUACUUGGGAUACCCUGUGGAGUCUAUAGUGUCGUUUCCAACUUAUCUUUGUUAUGAUAUGGAGAGAAUUAGUGCAAGAUUAUCAAUGUACGCAUGGCUUAGGGAGAAAGGUGCUGCUAAACCUAUGUUGUCAGUGAGCACACUUGUUGCUUCUUCGGAUGUACGAUUUGUGAAAUAUUUUGUGAAUAUGCAUCCGGAAGGUCCAGAGGUGUGGGAAAAUUUUAAGAAGAUGUUUACUCUGGAAGAAUGAUUAGUAUGAUUUGAUUUGGAGAAAGGUGAGAUGGCCUUCUUAUGCUUACAAUUUACAAGGGAUUCGGAAUCGAAAGGCACGCCACGUUUGAUUUGGUGGGAUACUGUUUGAUGAUCAUUUACCAUUUACAGAGUGUUAGUAGCAUUGAUAAUAAGCUGUAAAUGAAGAAAUAUAUUAUUGAUAGUUGGAAAUUGGAAUUA